CAUGAUCAAUACUGAGGGGAAAGGAGGGGCAACGCAGCCGCUAUCGAAUAUUUCGCUGAACUCGUCGGCUCUCUCGCUCUGUCAAUGGCGGGGCUAGUGCCGUCUUAUUCAAUCAUUGCUCUAGCUUUUGUGGGGCAGAAAUCGGCCAAUUGACACGGCACAGCAAAGGAGAUUGACUCUUCAUCACAAGAUAUGGAGCUUUAAAAGCCUUCGACGAUUUCCGACCUUGACGUGAUAGUGAAAAAGAUAUCGUGUAACCUCACAAUCUAUUGUUUCCCGGGGCCCUGCGCCUGAUUGAUAAGUUGACGUCUCCCUGCGCAAGCCGCAUUCGGAAUUGCAAGCUAGACAGCUCUUGUGGAAAUCAAAAUCUCCAAAUUUUCUGUCGAUACUAGAACUUGGAUUGCUUGGAUUUGUCCAAUUGGCCCAUAAUGGAUCUCUCCAAUAAAGAAAAGGAAUUGCAACCUGAAGUGCCUAAGUUUCUUGACUUUCCACAUCUCCCAGAUGGCGCGACACGAGACGGCAAGCCAGCUCUAAAUAAAUAUUCCUCAACCGUCACAAAAGACCAUGACUUUCCUGGCGCACAGGCAAUGCUGUACGCAGCUGGGAUUUCGACCAAGGAAGCAAUGAAGAACUAUCCCCAAGUGGGUGUGGCAUCGGUAUGGUGGGAAGGCAAUCCUUGCAAUAUGCAUCUGCUGGAUCUCGGAAAAACCGUAAAAGGUGCUGUGCAAAAGCAGGAUAUGGUUGCAUGGCAAUACAAUACUAUUGGAGUAUCAGAUGCUAUCACCAUGGGUGGAGAAGGCAUGCGCUUCUCGCUCCAAACGCGUGAGAUCAUCGCAGACAGUGUAGAGACUGUCACCUGCGCUCAGCAUCACGAUGCGUGCAUUGCGAUCCCCGGCUGCGACAAAAACAUGCCAGGUGUUGUCAUGGGAAUGGCUCGCCACAAUCGGCCCUCUCUCAUGAUCUAUGGAGGAACAAUCCUAGUAGGCUACAGCAAUUUGCUUCGGAAACCAAUCAACAUUUCGACAUGCUACGAAGCUCAUGGCGCAUAUCUCUUUGGCACGCUCUCGAAUCCGGACGACAAAUCCCAGUCCAAGGACGAUAUCUUGAGUGAUAUUGAGCGUCACGCGUGUCCAGGCGCCGGCGCUUGUGGAGGAAUGUACACAGCAAACACCAUGGCCACGGCCAUAGAGGCAAUGGGUCUCACCCUGCCUGGCUCCUCCAGCACUCCAGCUGAAUCUCCUGCAAAGAUGCGGGAAUGUCACAAGGCAGCAGAAGCAAUCAAGAUAUGUAUGGAGAAAAACAUCAAGCCUCGUGAACUUCUCACAAAACGCUCCUUUGAAAACGCCAUGGUCAUGACAAUGGCCCUUGGCGGUAGCACCAACGGUGUUCUGCAUUUUCUCGCCAUGGCCAAUACCGCAGAUGUCAAUCUGACAAUCGACGACUUUCAGCGCGUGAGCGACAAGAUCCCAUUUAUCGCAAACCUUGCGCCGUCAGGGAAAUACUACAUGGCAGAUUUGUACGAAAUCGGAGGCAUCCCUUCGGUAAUGAAACUGCUAGUCGCGGCGGGGCUCCUUGACGGCGGCAUUCCAACAGUAACUGGAAAGACGCUCGCUGAGAACAUUGAGUCCUUCCCCAGCCUGCCACAAGACCAGGUCAUCAUUCGGCCGCUUGACAAUCCGAUCAAAGCAACCGGCCAUUUGCAGAUCCUUCGGGGCAAUCUUGCCCCUGGCGGAGCCGUGUCCAAGAUCACCGGCAAGGAAGGCACAUCGUUCACUGGGAAAGCCAUGGUCUUUGACAAGGAAUCCCAUCUCCACGUCGCGCUCAAACGCGGCGAUAUCAAGCAUGGCGAGAAUCUCGUCCUCGUCGUCCGCUACGAAGGCCCCAAAGGUGGACCCGGUAUGCCGGAACAGCUGAAAGCGUCUGCAGCCAUCAUGGGUGCCAAACUCAACAAUGUCGCUUUGAUCACGGACGGCAGGUAUUCUGGCGCCAGUCAUGGCUUUAUCGUCGGCCACAUUGUCCCUGAGGCAGCUGUCGGUGGACCCAUUGCCAUUGUCCGGAACGGCGACACCAUUACCAUUGAUGCUGUCAAUAAGGAGCUUAAUGUGCAUAUUAGCAGUGAAGAGAUUGAGCAGCGACUCAAGGAAUGGAAGCCCCCGCGUGCUCCCGUCACUCGCGGCGUCUUGGCAAAGUACGCUGCACUCGUUUCAGACGCGAGCAGAGGCGCUAUGACCGACCUGUUUUAAGAGAAGGAAUCUACAAUAAGGAUCGGCUAUCAAAUCCUUCUAUUUUCCGGUCGUAUAAUCCCUUUUUCGGUGAAACUUGUGUUGCUUUGGAUUCGAGUGUUUCUCUUAAAUAUUUUCUCGACUUCAAGAUAUUCUGUAGGUUUGUAUGUGCAGGGAUGUGAUUCCGGGUUUAAACUCUUAGACUGUCUGAGCGGGAGAAAUUGGUUUCGGUAAUUCUUCACCGGUCGCCAUUAGUGGUCGACUGGAAUAAUCAAAUUAAAUUCAUUAUAAUUAGAGAAUCUUUGAAAUCCAGCGUUUCAUAUUUGUGCGAGG